AUGACUAUGACUGAACGAUAUAAGCUUCACUGGACCGUUCCAGCUUCUCACUUGGUCGCGACCAAGGAUGCGGUCUUCAAAAGCGGCGCCGGCGUGUAUGACGAGGGGAAGUAUAUUCAAGUUGCCUUCCAGAUUACUGGCCAGGGUCAAUUCAUGCCCGUCGCUGCUGCAGGCGCGGUUCCUCACACCGGCGCUGUCGACCAGCUUGAGCAACUACUUGAGUACAAAGUGGAGGUCAUGUGUGCAGGAAGGGACGUCGCGAAAGCUGCAGUGGCAGCUCUGAAGAGCGCGCACCCAUUCGAGGUCCCGGCGUAUGAGGUAUACAAGUUGGAGGACAUCUAG